CCGAGAAGCGUCGAGAAAAUUGUAAAUGUAGGCGUGCAAGGACCAAGUAUUCAAACCUUCGAGAAUAUGGAAAAAUCUCCAGCACGGCCUUUAUGGGCCCCGAAUGAAGGUUAUGAUGGCCUCAUGUCAUCCUUGUGCGCUUUCUUCGGGAAUUUCAAGUACCUAGAGAGUUGCGUUCACUUUCUAUCUCAAGCGAAUCUUAAGCCCGUUGACUCGGUCGGUAAGUCGGCCUCCGGGAAAAAUCACCCAGAGGAAGGGGGGUGUAUCAUCCAGACCUCGGUGUCUAAACUCCGAUGUCUACGUGCGACCGAGGCAGAAUACCUCGAGACUAGAUAUGAAAAUUUAUGGCUCCAUACUAUGCGACAUUAUUUUUUGAUGCCCUCGGAUCCCAAGAACAAUGAUUAUCUACCGGUCAAACUGACUCGGGCUAGGCCGGACCCGCGCACGAUCUACGACAUAGCCUAUCUUGCUCACUAG